GGUCUUUUUGCCUCUUUCAUGCCUGUUCGUCGGCUAAUGUUCUGGAGCGCAGGUUCGGGAUCGGGGUGACUCACCGAGAAGGCGCGAGGGAAGGCGCUGUCGCCGCCGCACACACUUGGGUCCGCGGCUGGCGACGCCGCCCGGGCUGCCCCGCGCCGGGGGCCGAGACGGGGACCGCCGGUCCGGGUGUCCGCUCCGCCUACCGUGUCUGAUGGCGGUGGCCGCGCCCCGGGACCCGACUCAGGGCACUGUGACCUUUGAGGACGUUGCUGUGUCCUUCUCCUGGGAGGAAUGGGAUCUUCUUGAUGAGGCUCAGAGACACCUGUACCAGGAUGUGAUGCUGGAGAACUUGGCGCUUAUAACCUCCCUGGGUUGUUGGCAUGGAGCAGAGGAUGAGGAGGCACCAUCUGAGCAGAGCGUUUCUGUAGGAGUGUCACAUGUCAGGGCUCCCAAGACAGGUCUUUUUCCCCAGAAGGCCAACCCCUAUGAGGUGUGUGGUCCAGUCUUGAAAGACAAUUUUUACUCGGCUGAGCACCAGGAAACACAAUUCCGUGAGAAAGUGUACACUGAUGAGACACAUGGGAAAAGAUUCUGUUUCAGCGAAAACCUUCAGCAGCAGCAGAAGCAGCAUGUGAGCGAUAAGCCCUUCGGUAACAAUGUAAGCAGAGCUUCAGUGAUCAAGAGCUGCAGGUUGCAAGUGUCAGGGAAGCCCUUUAUCUGUGGGGAGAUUGGGAAGGAUUUCUUGGCCAGCUCAGGAUUCCUCCAGCAGCAGGCCACACAGACUGGAGAGAAGUCAAACAAUGCAACUGAAUGUGGGGCGGCCUUCCACAAGGGAAAAACUCAACACUGCUGGGGAGACAGCACAGAAGCUUUCAGCCACAAGCACACAUUUGUUCAUCACCAGAGAGUCCGCCCUGGAGAGAGAUGUUACAUGUGCAGUGAAUGUGGGAAAUCUUUUAGCCAUAACUCUAGCCUUAUUAAACAUCAGAGAGUUCACACAGGAGAAAGGCCUUACGAGUGUGGGGAGUGUGGAAAAUCCUUUAGCCAGAGCUCCAACCUCUUUCAACAUCGGAGAGUUCACACUGGAGAAAGGCCUUACGAGUGCAGUGAAUGUGGGAAAUCUUUUAGCCAAAGCUACAGCCUCAAUAACCAUCGGAAAGUUCACACUGGAGAGAGGCCAUUUGAGUGUGGAGAAUGUGGCAAAUCCUUCAGUCAAAGAUCCAACCUCAUUCAACAUCAGAGAAUUCACACUGGAGAAAAGCCUUAUGAGUGCAGUGAGUGUGGGAAGUCCUUUAAUCAAAGUUCUGCGCUCCUGCAACACCAUACCGUUCACACCGGAGAACGGCCCUAUGAGUGCAGUGAAUGUGGGAAAUCCUUUACCUACAAUUCCAGUCUUUUAAAACACCAGAAAGUCCACACAGGAUCAAAGCCUUAUGAGUGCAGUGAAUGUAGGAAAUCUUUUAGCCAGAAUUGCAGCCUUGUUCUACAUCUGAGAGUUCACACUGGAGAAAGGCCUUAUGAGUGCAGCAAAUGUGGAAAAUCUUUUAGCCAAAGCUCUGCGCUCCUUAAACACCAGAGAGUUCACACUGGAGAAAGGCCAUAUGAGUGCAAUGAGUGUGGGAAGUCCUUUAGGCGAAGCUCCAACUUCAGUGACCAUCGGAGAGUUCACACUGGAGAAAGGCCGUAUAAGUGUAACCAGUGUGGGAAAUCCUUUAGUAAAAGCUCUGGCCUCACUCGACACCAGAGAGUUCAUACUGGAUUGGGCAUUAUAAAUAUCUUGAAUGAGAAAGCCAUUAGCCGAAGCCCUUACCUCAUUGAUUACCACAAAAUUCACAUGGGAGAAACAACUUAGAUAUGUAGCAAAUGUAUUUCCUUGUUCAGUAUAACAACACUUGAGGAGAUCUCUUUUGAGGGUACCAUUUGCCUGAAUGGCGCCUCUUACAUCCACACAUCAAAAUAAAUUCCAGGUAUGUGGAGCUGUGUUGCAUGUUUCAGCUUGGGCCCGUGUGAAUUUUUAUUACUGUUGAUUGUGUAGCAGCAGCCAUUCACCUCUCCCACCUGCAGGUGCCCAUAUGUAUAUCAUUUAUCUGCUCUGAUGUGUUCAGCAAAGUAAACCUUGGUGUUUUCCCAUUCACUGGGUAAAUGUGAGAAGCCAGAGUACUCAUUUUUUUCUCUCUGAUUAGUAGGGCACAGAUGACCCUGUUGUGUUCCAGAGGACUCCAUCUGAGUUCUGCCUGUGACCUGAAAAGUCACUUUUUUUAGGGAUAUUGGUCUGGUAAUUCUUGUGAUGGAAUUUCCUAGCCUCCAAAUCACUAACCGAGGAACAGCCUUCCUCUGUUAAUUCUGGUUUGUGCUAUAACAAAGGCCUUAUUGUGCAAGUUAUCUUUAUCUUGAGGGUUAGAUUUACUUUAUGGGGUGGUUUCAGAAUGACAGGAGAAAUAGCUGGCAUGGGCACCCCAAUCUUUGUGUGCUUCAGGGGGAUAGAAGGAUGGUAGUCCUGUCUCUAGUUUGGGCCUUGUUUGCAUUGUUGCCUCUAAGGAAAUUAUGUAGGGUUUUGUGGUUAAAUUGUAGCCUGGAUGCCAGGAAGUUUCGUGCUAUCAGCACUCACCUUGAAGAGGGGGCAGUUGUGACAAUCUCUGGUACUUCUGGGAACAACAUAAAAUUGUUUUCUUGUUUGCAGGGGAUGUUGCAUUGUGCUCAGCACUGGUGCAGGAAAUCUGUUCCCAGGUCUUGGAAAGGAGAGAUGUACCCUAAUGCCCAGAAUUCUGUUUGGUGGUGUCACUGGCUGAAAGAUUAUAGGGGGAGUCAUAAUUGUACACAAACGGAGAAUUAACAGAGAGGGCAAGAGAUUGCAACAAACUGGUUGGAUUGUGCCUCUUUUAUAAAAGGGCACCUGCUAUUGUGCUAGUCAGUAUGGCUGUGAAGGAUGAGCAAGUACAGAAAUUCUCAGAUCCUUCUGAACUGUGAAGCUUGUGUAGCUGAGGGCCUUGUCAGAAAAUAAUCUAAUAGGGGGACGCCUGGGUGGCUCAGUUGGUUAAGCAUCUGACUCUUGGUUUUGACUCAAGUCAUGAUCUCAGGGUUGUGAGGUCAAGCCCUGCAAACAGAUCUAGCCUCAGUGCGGAGCCUGCUUGGGAUCCUCUCUCCUUCUCCCUGUGCAUACACUCCCCCCACCACCACCACGUUCACACUCUCUCACGUGUGCUCUCUCUAUAAGAAAAGGAAUCUAACGGUUUUAUGGAUUCCUGUAGUUUCUCUGCAUUGUUCACCAUAAGGCCUUUGUUGCACAGGAAGGAAAACAAAGAUAGAAAGAAAGAAGAUCUCAGUCCAGAAAUGCAGACUUUACACAGCCUGCAUUCCCAAUGACUCAGGUGGAAAUGGCUUUCAUUGCUCACCUGUAUUUGCUGCAAACGAAGCAAGGUGCUGAUCCCAGGGCAUUACAAGGGAUAUGGUGCGGUCAAUACAGGUUUGCCAAACUUUGUUUUUUGAAAACAGAAUUUUUUUUUUAUUAUACCGUUAAUGCCUUUUUGGUAUGGUUAAUAAAUAAUAAAUUGUCCAUAUUUAAACUGUACCAUUUGAUGAGUGUUGACAUUCCUAUAAACCCAUGAAACCAUCAUCACAAAUCGUAACAAUGUGCAUAUGCAUCACCCCACAUUCACUCAUGCCCUUUAAUUAUUAUCUCCUUCUCUCUGCCCUCCAGGCAAACAUUGAUUUACUUUCUUCUACAAUAGAUUCGUAUGUAUUUAAUGUAAUUUUACACGAAUGAAAAUAAAAUGUUUAGUUUUUUUUCCCCGCUGGGUGUUCUCAUCUAGUAUAUUUAUUUUGAGAUUUGUCAGUGGGUCUGUGUAAUUAGUUCAUUCUUUUAAUGUUGUCAAGAAAUGUAAUGUUCUAUCUACUAUUUGUUUAUUUACUCAUCUGUUUCAGAUAUUUGAGUUGUUUCUAGUUUGGGGCUUUAUCAAACAGUUGUUAGAGACAUUUGUUUGAUUCUUAAAUUUAUGAUUCUUUGUAUGGAUAUGUUUCAUUCCUCUUGUGUUGAUACCUCAGAGCGCCUCAGAGCUGUAGUUACAGGGCUGUGAUUUGGGGACUGUUAAAUGAGGUCAUCCUAAGGAAAACUCCUCCCUGUUAGCUCCCUAUGAAAAGAUGUGUUAGUUAUGGGCUGAAUUGUGUGUUCCCAAAUUCAUAUGUUGAAAUCAUAAUCUCCAGUACCUCAGAAUGUCACUGCAUUUGGAAAUAGGGUUUUUAAAAAGGUAAAAUAAAGACGAUACUGUGGACACUAAUCCAGUGUGACUAGUGUCAUUAAGAGGAAAUUAGUACACAGACACACAGAGGGAAGAUCAUGUGAAGACAGAGGAAGAAAAUGCCCACCUACAAGCCAAGGAGAGAGGUCUCAGGAGAAAUCAGUGCUGCUGACACCCUGAUAUCAGAUACCUAGCAUAUGAGAAAAUACAUUUCUGUUGCUUAAACCACCCAGUCUGAAGUAAUGUAUUAUGGUGGCCUUAGCAAAGUCUUAUGGGAGCCAUCAGCAUCUGGGAAGGAGAGGGUCUGCAGGGUGCCCUAGGGACAGAGGGAGGAGGUGAUUAUGAUCCGUAAAGUAGUUGGAACCAGAAGGAGGGAUGGGCUUGGAAUUGAUUCCUCCAUCCCCACCUCUCAGUGGAGGUCACAAAGAGAAACUUGCUGCCCAACCUCCCCCUAGGUUCAGUUUCCAGCUGUGUAAAAUGGAGAUCAUGAGCAGACCUGCCUCUGGGGCGAUUUGAGGAUGUAAAGAACUCAUGGCCUAGGAAAGGGGCU